UCAAGAAAGACAAAUCCAAGAUCCACCACCACCAUCAUGGAUCACCCUCCACCACCACAACAACCACCACCACCACCAAUCAACCACCACACCACAACCCAAAUCCUCAAACAAACCACCACAAUCCUCUCCACCCACCUCACCACCUUCCUCCUCCUCUCUCUCCUCCUCCUCUCUCUCCAUUCCAACGUCGAAACCGCCACUCACUCUCUCACUUCCUUCAUCGACCACGACCCAUCAAUCAAAUCCCUCCUCUCUCGCCUCCACCUCGCCUCAACCGCCUCACCCCACCCCCACCACCGCCACCGCCGCCCCUUCCUCCACCUCACCCGCGUCGGAACCCUAGACGACCCCUUCUUCUCCGGCGAUGAAGAUCUUGAUCACCGCUUCUUCGGUAACAACCCCACCCCUCAACCCAAUUCCACUUUAUUAUUUUUCAACGCCUUUGACCCCAAAUUAGGGUUUUCUAACCUUGUGGUGGAUAAUGGGAUUAGGGUUUUUGAAAUUAUACGUUCUUGUUCCAAGAUUAUGUUUAAAGUUGUUAACUUUAUUGAGAUUGGUGAUCAUAUGGAGACAACUGAUGCUAAUUUAAAUGAAAAUGAGAAAAAUGAGGAAGAGGGUGUUGAUGAGUUUGAUGAAUUGCAGCUUUUUUUAAAAAGAUUUGAGCUUGAACAUCAUGAGAUGACUGCUUUGUUGUUUUUGCUUAGUGUUUUGUCUGCUUCAUACGGGUUUGCGAUUUUCGGGUUUGUUGUUACUUAUGCUUGGGUUCUUGGGAUUGUUUUUGUGGUAGUGGUGAAUGAUUUGUUAAAGGGGUUUAAGUCGUUUUUCCGGACGUUAUGGGACGGGUCGAAUCUAGGGUUGAAACGGUUAUCGGGGUAUAUUGUUAUGCGAUGGGCGGUUAGGGACGCGCUGACGCAGCUUUUGGGUGUGUGGUUUUUUGGAGAGAUUGAGGAUCAGUAUCUGUUUUUUAAGAUAUUUGUUAGGUUAAAGUUGAUGCCUUUUUCGGUGGGGUCGCCUUGGGUGAAAGGGUUCGAGAGGGAGAUUUACGGGUUUUUGUUGUCGUGGUUCUUGUUGGAUACGUUGAUCUCGUUUGUUUUUGCGGUUGAUGCGUGGAUCGCGAUGGUAGAUACCCGAAAAAGCGUUAGGGACGUUGUGAAAGAAGGGUGUCAUUUGUUGUCGUUAAUGUUGCAUCCCGCGAUCAAUCUUAAAUGUUUAGAAGGUAUCAUUUGCGGGUCGUUUGCAAAAUGGGCAUUGUCGCAUUUAUUUGGGAAGUUGUUCGCUUCCGCUUUUCAGUCUUUUAUGGAGGUUUAUUUCAUGGUCGCGUGGCUUCUGUACUACUUUUCCGUUAAAUCAAAAGAUGCUAAUUCUAGUGGAACGCCAUUCGGUCAAAGAGAGCUUGAACAAUUGCUCGAAGAUGUUAGAUGAUUCGCGGUUAAAGUUAUCUUGAAAUUUGCUUCCAAUCCACGGAAUGUGAGUUCCUAAGUGAAGCGGUAAUCUUCAGUGCUUUACGUGUUGAUUGUAUUUUAGCGAAUGUGAUUUAGCGCUGCCAUUGUUUUUACGCCGUUUUGAUGUUUUGUAUCAUAUGUACUUCUAUCAUGAGGCAGAUAUAACAUGUGUAUAUUUUUCCCCUUGUAGUGCUAAAGCAUUGUUUUAUAUGUUA